CUCAACCCUUGUCUGUGACGUUCUUCCACGUUUUGCUUCCUCAACAACUGUCUCUCUCUCUCUCCCUCUCUCCUUUUCUCUUUCUUUACUCCUUCACACCCUACCGAUCCUCUCCUCUGCCUGUUUCAUCCGCCCCGCGUUUCGACUGUGGCGCGCACAAAGGGACACUUCAUCUCCAAACCUCUAUUUAGACACUGGCGGCUCAUGGACACUUUGAGCAUCAGAACCACCCUCGCACAACGCCCUUACCGACCUCCUUGCGUGUGAAUACCCUCAAGACCUGUCGGCAACUCAAAUUGUUACGAUAAUUAUCCCCCAACUAGAAUGAGUUCCUCUACCGCUUCCGUCGCCAAAGAUGCUGGUUCUCUGCGCCAGCGCCAGAGGCAGACCUUGUCUGAUGGCAACAGCGAGGAUUUAGACCCCUCAAUCACCAAGGACGGCGAGGCUGAAACGAUCGAGGACUUGGAGCAGAAGCCCAAGAAGACGUUUGGUCGAACCCCGGAUGGCACAGUCUUCACUGUACCUACGACCCAUGACAUGGUGUCGCAGCUGCUUGACCCGAGACAGCCCAAGAACCUCUCUGACGUGCUCGUUCUGGCCAUCCUCGCCCUUCAAAUCAGCGCGGCCUACUACCUCCCCAGCAACCUGAAGCGCCCCAUCUUCGCCCUCGUGUUCCUCUUCUGGCGCGCCGCCUACAACAUCGGCAUCGGGUACCUCCUCACCAUCCAGUCCAAACAUCGUAGGCUGGAGACGUGGGCCGCGAGAUGGAAGCUCUUUGAGCAUCCCGGUUCCGGCAAGCAGCCCCGGCCCUGGCUCUACAACAUGCUCAAGCGCGAGCUCGAGACAAAGAUCCCCGAGGACUACGAGUUCGAAAAGGCCCCAAUGGAGUACAACACCUGGCUCGUCUUUCGCCGUGUUGUCGAUCUGAUUCUCAUGUGUGACUUUGUGUCCUACUGCCUCUUUGCCAUGAUCUGCGGCCACACUCCCGAGGGCGAGAAUGUGUUGGUCGGCGUCGGUCGGUGGUCCAUCGGCAUUCUCCUGGUUCUCUUCAACCUCUGGGUCAAGCUCGAUGCCCAUCGUGUCGUAAAGGACUACGCCUGGUACUGGGGUGACUUCUUUUACCUCGUCGACCAGGAGCUGACCUUUGACGGCGUCUUCGAGAUGGCACCUCAUCCCAUGUACUCGAUUGGCUAUGCCGGUUACUACGGCAUCUCCAUGAUGGCCGCGAGUUACGAGGUCCUCUUCAUCUCCAUUAUUGCGCACCUCGCCCAGUUUGCCUUCCUGGUGAUUGUCGAGAACCCGCACAUUGAAAAGACGUACAACCCGCCUGCCCCUCGCAAGCGGGUCGCUUCGACGCCCAUCAACGGUCAGCCGGAGCUUGUCGCCAUCAAGUCGUCAGACGCUGAGGAGAUCCUGGUUGACCAAGCCUCCGUCUCCCCGGAGCUGGCGUCCCAAGAGGCGCCGCCCCAGGUGCACAACUUGAUUGGCCUGAACAACAUCGAUCUGUUCCGCAUCACGGACACAUCCGUCUUGCUGCUCGGCUUCUACCUGGCAGUCCUGACCCUGGUCACGCCGUCAACCCCGCUGUUCCAGGUCCUCUUCGUUCUGCAUGCUCUGUUCUGGCGCGUGUGGUAUCACCUGGGCCUCGGCGCCAUCCUCGCGUGGCAGUCGCGCAACAAAUUUUGGACGAGACACUUUCUCAAGUACGGCGAGAGCCACACCGAGGCCUGGAACCAAUGGAAGGGCAUGUACCACCUCAGCUUGGUCAUGGUAACAGGCUCAUUCAUGGCGGCGUGCUGGAAAAUGUAUUCACCGCCCGAAGACUGGGCCUACGGAUGGGUCCUUCUCAAGCACGUCGUUGGAGCCGGCCUUGUUGCGCUGCAAAUCUGGACGGCUGCGAGUGUCUACGAAUCGCUCGGGGAGUUUGGCUGGUUCUACGGCGACUUCUUUUACGACUCGACCGCCAGGCUGACAUACAAAUCCAUCUACCGCUUUCUCAACAACCCGGAACGAAUCUUCGGGACGGCUGGCCUGUGGGGAUCUGCUCUCAUCACGUGGAGCAGAGCCAUAUUCAUCAUGGCGCUGGUCAGCCAGCUAUUUACGUUGGGCUUCAUCAAUUUCAUCGAGAAGCCGCACAUGCAAAAGACCUACGGCAGGGGGCUCCGACAGGAAGCAGGCCUGACAAAGUUCAUCAAACGUUCUCUCCCGCCGCCCGUCCAGGGAUGGCAGCGAGGCGUCGAUAAGGUGAUUGACGAUACGGCGCAGUUCAUUGAGGAGUUUCUCGACACCGCGCGCCCGAAAUUCGCCUCCGGCAUCAAGACCUUCGUUCGCGAUACCUCGGCCUUGUUCAACAAGUAUCCGGCGCGUCUGACAGUGACUCGUUUGUCCCCCGAUCUUGCCGGUCUGGACCCAAAGUUCUACUCCCUCUCCGUAGAAGGCACUCCCUCGAGUCACUCGGCCGUGAACGAGCGCGCCACCGGGAAAGAGAGUGUGACGGCACGCUUCCACCGUGGGGCCGAGACGUUGAUGUUCGACUACGGCUCCCCUUUGAAGGUCAAGUGGCGCGCCCCUGCGAAGCACAACAGCAAGGACUGGAUCGGACUUUACAUGGUGACCGACAACCGCUCCAGAGAAGUAACGGAGGUUUCGUCUCUUGGCCGGUGGGUGCCCACGACGCCCGGUAAUUAUGACGCCGCAACGGCGGACAAGACAAUCUUGGUUCCAGACCGCCCCGUGAAAAGGCAGGAUCCGUCCGACCCCGACUUGGUCGAGGGUGAGGUGAUUUUCGAGGGCGACCGGCUCUGGUGGACUCAGGGGGUCUUCGAGUUCCGGUACCAUCACGCUGGAGCCCACCAUGUCAUGACCAUAUCGCAGCCCUUUGAAAUUCGCAUCGGCAAGUUUGACGAAGAUGAUGUCGAGGUUGACGCCAACGGCAUGUACGAGAAGGCCGUUGAGCAAGCUCUGCUGCCCCUCGUGCAAAACUGCUGCGAUCGGGAUCCCGACAUCGCGCCCACCACCGUCGACGAAGCGUUCGGCGGCUAUGUCGAGCGGGACGGAAAGUACGCAAAACGCAUCGUCUACGCUAUUCACCAGAUGUUUGGCAUCGAGUUUGCACCCGCGAUCGUGCCCGCUGACGGGAAUGUCAAGAAGAUGGCUUGGAGGAUCUGCAACGCAAAGCAGGUUCUGGCGCCCUACAGUUUGUCGCAUUCCAAGGGAAAUACUACUCCCUCGAGGUUUGAGAAAGCAUGAACAUGACUGUGCGUAGGUACCUGUUCCGCCUUUGCUAGACUAUGUGUGCCCGUUCAACGGUGAAGUGCUGUUGGAACUAUGGGAGGGAGGUUGGGCACACAGCAGAUUGACCAUGAUGCCUGUUCGGUUGGAUGAAUGACGGGCUUCUUUGACUUGAACAGCGACCCCGUUGGUCCCGAUUGCGAAGUGUUUUGAGGAUGGAGGAGCGUGGGGAUGGCGUCCGUGAGUUAGCCUGAGAGAAAUACCAAGCCGCACGUACAGCGAUUUUUACGCCAUACAGGAAUGGAACUCGAACAUUGACAACUUUCACCAAACAGCAAGUAAGCCGGCCGGCUCAACGAGACAAGGCACCGAAGGACGGGUUCCAGGUUCCUGUUGUCCAUGGUCCUGAGGUGAGCUACCCACAAGAUUGACGCCCCCUCUUCCCAGAUCCGAUUGGCCUCGAUAUUAGCCUUUAAGCAAUGAAGAAACGGGGCUCUGGCUGGAACGUAGGUUUGAAUGCUACACCCCCCGGCACAUGAAGCCGUGGGAGAGCUAUAGCGUCGGCUGUUGUAAAUUGGCCCUGGUCAUGACCAGCCGUGCCAGUUCAGGUAGUAGGAACACCAUCUAGUGUCUUGGACUUGUAAUGGACUAGCGGUGCGA